CGUACCUUAGCCACAGAGCCGUUAUAAGCGUUACUAAUAUUACAAAAUUGUUCGCAAAAGUUUUAAAAAGGAAAUGAACGCGCAGUGCAAAAGCUCUAACUUAGCGGUGAUUUGUGAAAAUUCAGUGUGAAUUCAGUGUAACCUGAGUGCGGAAGUGUGGCAAGCAACGCAGCAAGCGAAACACGUUCGAAAGUUUACUUUUAGUAUAUUUUUUUUUUUUUUGGAAAUUUUUGAAUCAAUACAGUUUAUGUGAUUUUCUUAUAAAGCACGCGUCAAACAACUUUUAACUUUAACUAAGUGUAAACGCAUUGAACUGGCAAAACGCAUAAGAACGUAUGCUCGAACACCCUUUAGGGAAAUGCCGCAUGCAUGAAGGCAUGGAGAUCACUUUGAGCCACUAAUGCUGCUACUUAAUACAAGCAUCCAUCCACUCAUAUUGAGCUGACAAUUUCGUGGCAAAGCUAUUCGCAAAUAACUUUUUCGUUCACGUACAGAGUUUCCUUCUUGGCAAUCCGUCUCUGCUUGUAUAAGUUGAGCACCCUUGACUGCGUCGCUGCUUGGAUUCAAAUUCUUUUUAGUAUUUUUUUUACUUUUGGUAUACAUAUCCGUUGUGACACAAGAUGCAUUCGACUGCUAGCAAAGCGUCAGGAUUCAUUGGCCUGAUGAUUGUGCAAAUAAUUUUACUUGCACUCUUCUGGUUGUUCGUGCGCUACAGCGAUGAAGCAUUGCCAAGCGAUGAAGGCAAAGUAUUAGGCGAACAACACGUUUCCAAAUAUCCGCAUUUCCAAGAUGUACAGGUGAUGAUCUACAUUGGCUUCGGCUUUCUAAUGACCUUCUUGCGCAAAUAUGGUUAUAGUGCAACUGGAUAUACAUUAUUUAUGACCGCGCUGGUUAUACAGUGGUGUAUUCUGGUUAAAGGAUUCUUUCACAUGGAAGAUGGGAAAAUAAGCUUAUCGCUGGAGAGUAUAAUUGAUGCAGAUAUUGCAGCUGCUGCUCCAUUGAUUAGUAUGGGUGCCUUAUUGGGUCGUACCACACCAAUUCAAUUGCUAUUCAUGGCUCUCAUAGAAAUUGUGCUGUUCGCGGCAAACGAAUAUGUCGCUUUGAAUAUAUUUAGUAUCUGUGAUGUUGGUGGUUCAAUUACAGUGCAUGCCUUCGGUGCAUACUUUGGCUUGGCUGUUAGUCUAAUGUUGCGCCCGGGCAAGGACCAAAACGAAGCAGGCAAAUACGAAGGAGCCAAUUAUGCAUCGGACAUCUUUGCCAUGGUCGGUACAUUGUUCCUGUAUGUGUAUUGGCCAAGCUUUAAUUCAGUGUUGGCCGAUGGCAAUGGCCAAGAGCGUGCCAUACUCAACACGUAUUUAUCAUUAGCAGCGGCAACAGGCAUUGAAAUUACAAAAAAUCUUGUCGAAGACCUAAUGAGACGCUUGAGGGGUAUUAUUCAUAGCACAUAUAUCUUACGCGAUUUUAUACCGCUCAAUCUCUUCAUGUUGGACAAUCGGCAUGUGAAGAACACCAUUUUAAUGCUGGUACAACAAGUUUACGACUUCGUCAUUGACUACUACAAAGCUGUGAAUAUAAAUGAAAAUCGCGCCAUUUGCGAUGCACUAGAGGAAAUGUCCAUGAAAGCUGGCGAACGACCGGAGGAGACACCAGAGGUGGUCGCUUUGCAAAACUACUUAACCGAGUGCCGUGAUGAGAAAAUAUUUGCAAUAAAGGAUGAAAUUAAAAUAGUGUCACGACGUGUAAUUUUCCUGCUAACACAUACAAUAUUGGAUAGUGAUCACAUUCAUCUCAAUUCACGCACUUUUAUUUUGCCCGGCGAGUUGGAAGAGGUAUUGGACUUAAGCUCAGCACGUUUGAAUGUUGUACGUGAGAAUUUGGAAAUGGCAUUGCGGUGA